GGACGCUUGUUUCUCAUGAUCCCUUUUCUUAUCCCUCCCUUUAAGCUGAUUUUUGUGGCAAACGGUAGCUCUGGCACCACUCAAGGAAAGCCCAAGUUUGUGCCUUUCAAUGACGAAUUAAUGGAAACUACUUUGCAGAUAUACCGUACUUCUUAUGCUUUUAGAAAAAGAGAAUUUCCUAUUGAGAAUGGGAAGGCUUUGCAGUUCAUUUACAGUAGUAAGCAGAGCAAAACUCAAGGGGGUUUGAUUGCUGGAACUACAACCACCAAUGUCUUUCGCAAUCCGCAGUUUAAAAAGGCGAUGGAAGCGAUGCAAUCUCAGUGUUGCAGCCCUGAUGAAGUUAUAUUCGGCCCUGAUUCCCACCAAUCGUUGUACUGCCAUCUUCUCUGUGGACUGAUUUUCCGCCAGGAAAUUCAGUUCAUUUCCUCAACCUUUUCCCAUAGCAUUGUUCACGGGUUUCGAACUUUCGAGCAAGUUUGGGAAGAGCUUUGUGUUGAUAUAAGGGAAGGGGAACUCACGAGCCGGAUCACUUUCCCUUCUGUACGAUCGGCGAUGGCCAAAUUGCUGAAGCCGAAUCCACAACUGGCUGAUUUGAUUCGUGAGAAAUGCUUGGGAAUGAAUAAUUGGUAUGGACUUGUACGGGAGCUUUUCCCUAAUGCAAAAUACAUCUAUGGGAUCAUGACUGGUUCCAUGGAACCUUAUCUGAAAAAGUUAAGGCAUUAUGCUGGGGAUUUACCCCUUUUAAGUGCUGAUUAUGGUUCUUCUGAGGGGUGGAUUGGAGCAAAUGUCAAUCCAAUUGUACCUCCCGAGUCAGCUACUUAUGUCGUGCUUCCAAAUAUCGGUUAUUUUGAAUUCAUUCCUCUGAAAGAGAAUGUUGAAGAGCACGUACAAGGCGAAGUUAGUAAUUCUUUCCUCUCUACGGAGCCCGAACCAGUGGGUUUGACUGAAGUUAAGGUUGGUGAAGAGUACGAAAUCAUCAUCACCAGUUUUGCAGGUUUAUACAGGUAUAGGCUUGGGGAUGUUGUCAAGGUUACUGGCUUCCACAACUUGAGUCCGGAACUGAAAUUUGUCCGCAGAAGAAAUCUCAUGCUCACCAUAAACAUCGACAAGAACACCGAGACGGAUUUACAGCUUGCAGUGGAAGCGGCAUCCAAGUUAAAUGCUGAGGAAAAGCUGGAAGUGCUUGAUUUCUCUAGUCACGUUGACCUAUCGACAGACCCCGGUCACUAUGUGAUCUUCUGGGAAAUUAAUGGGGAAGUAGGGGAUGAGGUACUGAAAGAAUGCUGCAAUUGCUUGGAUCGUUCUUUCGUUGACGCAGGCUAUGUUAGUUCUCGGAAGGUCAAUGCCAUCGGUCCUCUCGAGCUCCGAAUUGUUCAGAAGGGAACUUUCCAGAACAUUCUUGAUCAUUACGUAGGACUAGGAGCUGCUCUUAGUCAGUUUAAAACACCGCGAUGUGUAGGCCCUAGGAACAUGGAAGUGUUGCAAAUCUUGUGUGAUAAUGUUGUCAAGAGUUACUUCAGUACCGCUUUCUAGUCGUAAAAUAUCACGAGAAAAAGUAGUUUUUUAUCAAUUGUUGUAUAAUA